AUGAGGUCCAGAACACUGGCAGCACUGAUACUGUCAGCCCUUUCGUUGCUCCAUGGUACUUCAGGAGGUACACUGAGACGGAAACGGAGAUAUGUCGUUGUCCAAGGCGAGAAUAAUAAAGAAGAGGAAGAUCUUCCAUGGCAAAACGGUCAGGCUUCCGAGAGUGGCAGCAGGCGUCAGCUCAAGAAAAAAGGAAGAGGGAAACGCAGUAGGACGGGGGAUUAUCGAAGCGAUAGAAAGGCGGAUGCUGAAGCGACCUAUGUUUGGUCGACGGCUGAUCAGCAGGAGGAGGGAGGGAAUGCCAACAAUCUGGAUUGGGAUGACAUGACGAAUGAAGAAUUGGAGUAUUACUUUUUCGAAACUCAAGGCGCACAAAGCUAUGAACCAGAGGCUCCCACGGCACCUGCAAGUCGUCCAACACAAAAACCUCCUCAGAGUCCAAGUGCACCUCAACCAGCCCCCAAGCCAACUUUUCCAGUGUUAAUGCCCAGUAGACCUUCUGUCGGUAAACCUUCCGUCGGUAAACCUUCUGCCACGGCUCCUACACCUCGACCAACUCGUAUUAAUACCCCCAGGCCAACAAAUAUCAAUAAUCCCAUACAGCCUACACGAACACCCCGGCCUGUGAAUACCCCGAGACCAACUCCCAGACCCGUGAAUACCCCGAGACCAACUCCCAGGCCAACUGACCAGAACCCACUGCAACCGAUCUUUGUUGCAACUCCAAGGCCCACUCCUCGACCGGUAACACCAAUGCCCACUCCUCGACCGGUAACACCACUGCCUACACCACAACCAACUAUCCCUGCAAUCCUUCCAGUGAGACCGACCAAUCCACCGACCCCACAACCCACUCAGGUAACUCCAAAAGCCACGCCUCGUCCAACCAAUCAGCCAACACCCCGGCCAACCAGGAAAGCAACACCAAGACCCACCAAAGAGCCAACUCCACUCCCAACUACCAGGGAGCCCACACCUCAACCAACCAAUGAGCCAACCCCUCGGCCAACAACUCCCGUGCCCACGAACCGGCCCACUCCUGCACCGUUGCCUCCAACACAGCCUCUUGUUCCGGAAUGUGAAGACAUGGCUCGAAGCGAAGCACUCUUGAUGGCCAUUGCACCCAUCACCAUGGAUGAGACAGUCCUGACAGAUCCCAACACACCUCAGGCCCAAGCCUAUGUUUGGAUGCUGCAGGAAGAUCCAGCACAAAUUGAUCCUUGCACGUAUCCAACUCCGGGGCAGAGAUACAUUCUGGCAACCUUCUACUUUGCCACUCGAGGUAACUCAUGGGAUGCCAGCAAUGGUUGGCUCUCGGAAGACGGAGAAUGCAUUUGGCUUGGAAUCAAUUGCAAUGGCAGUGGUGGUGUGACCCGGUUGGAACUUCGAGAGAACUCUCUCGGUGGCUCUCUGCCCCCUGAAGUGGGAAAAAUAAGGUUUCUUCGUCGUCUUGAUGUUUCGGGGAACUCCAUUGAGGGUCCUCUUGUAGAAUUGCCAUCUACUCUAGUCUUUCUAGAUGUGGAAGGCAACUCCAUGAGUGGGUCACCCUUCGAGGCAGUGCUCUCUGUUCCCAGUUUGAGGCAAAUGCGAAUAUCAUCCAACUUUUUCUCGGGCGGUAUUCCAAGUCGACUUGGCUCUCUCAAAAAUCUAGAGGAGCUCUGGAUGGCAAACAAUCAGUUUGAAGGCGCGACGAUCCCUCCCGAAAUUGGAAACUUGGAAAAACUGGAAACAUUGUACCUUUACGCCUCCAAGCUUGAAGGGAGCCUUCCGUCGGAGUUGGGUCGCUUGAAUCUCAGGGAGCUGCUGGCCAACAAUAACCAGUUCUCGUCUAAGGUGCCAGAAGAGCUUUGGUUCAACACGCGUCUGACUCUCCUUCGAUUGGAUUCGAACGAGCUUACUGGUUCCAUUUCCAAUGGCCUUGGAAACUUGUUGGGGCUGACGGACCUCUUUCUGAGUAACAACAAGUUCGUGGGAACGCUUCCAAUCACCUUGCUUCGACUAUCUUCCAUGGUGAAUCUCUUGUUGAAUGACAAUCUGAUCACAGGAACCAUCCCCGAUCGAUUCGACGACUUUCGCAACCUGGACUUUGUGGAUUUCAGUGCGAAUCAGAUCACAGGAACUCUGCCUUCGAGCUUUUUCGUGCUUCGAGACCUUCGCUUUGUGUACAUGUCAUCCAAUGCUCUGCAAGGUCCAAUUCCCCAAAGCUGGUCCAAUGCAGUCCUUCUUCGUGACCUGUUUUUGGAUGACAAUAAUCUAUCCGGCACCGUUCCCGAGAUCCCAGCGGGUGCCUUUACUCGUCUGACCGAGCUCCUGCUCAAUGGCAACAGCUUUUCGGGGUCAAUGCCUUCUUCGAUGUGUCAACUUCGCCAGAGCGCCAUUCUCGAAGAUCUUUGGGCAGAUUGUGCCGGGACACCUCCAGAAAUCCAAUGUGCAUUGCCGUCAUGCUGUACCUUUUGCUUUGAGUAA